AUGGAAAACUACACAAAAACAACAGUAACAGAAUUUACACUUUUGGCCUUUUCAGACUUCCAUGAGUUUCAGACAAUAUUUUUCAUAAUUGUCCUACUAAUGUAUAUCACAUGCAUUUUAGGCAACAUUACUAUAAUUACCCUUGUUAGGACCGAACCUUCUCUUCAGACACCAAUGUACUUUUUUAUAAGUGUUUUUGCUGUUUUAGAAAUUCUAUUUGUUUCAGUGACAGUGCCAAAGCUACUAGACAACCUAAUUGCACAUAACAAGAAAAUAUCAUUUGCUGGGUGCUUUGCACAAUUAUAUGCCUUCAGUUUCCUUGGAGAAACAGAAUGUAGUUUCCUUGCCAUCAUGGUUUUUGAUCGAUACUUGGCGAUACACAAUCCACUACGUUACUCUGCAAUUAUGAAUCAUAAGUUUUGUACAGGGCUGGCUGUACUGCCAUGGAUUAUUGGUUUUGUUGUUUCUUUCAUUCCCACCGUCUCUACUGCUGUUUUAGAUUUUUGUGGCCCUAGUGAAAUGAAUCAUUACUAUUGUGACUUUGCUCCACUGCAGAACUUGGCAUGUUCAAAUCCCAUCAUUAGCAAUGCACUGACAAGUUUUACAGCUGCACUUACUGUUGCCUCACCAUUCUUUAUCAUUGUGGGAUUUUACAUCCGUAUUAUUUUCACAAUAGUCUCAAAUAUGAAUAAUACAGAGAGUAAACAAAAAGCCUUCUCCACCUGUUCAUCUCAUCUCAUUGUAUCAAGUAUGUUUUAUGGCUCAGGAAUAACUGUAUAUAUCAAUCCUAAGGGCAGCCAAUAUGAUAGAUUCCUGGCACUCACCUUCACAGUCAUUGCUCCACUUUUAAACCCAUUUAUUUACACACUGAGAAACAAGAAUGUUAAGGAAGCCUUCCGUAAAUCAUUUGGGCAACUUUUAAAACAUCUUCCUGUCCAAUUUCAUAAUAAAACCAGCCAAACACAGCCUAAUCACAUGCUAGCAUCUCUACAUUUUUGA